AUUGCCUCUUUAAAAAACAAUCUGAUAUGGCUGACUUGCUUCAACAAAUGUGGUUUCUAUUGACAAUUGAGAUGUAUAAACUAGGGCAUAAGGGGGCAACAAGUGGAUAAAAGGCAGUAAAUUAAGCUGGAUUAGCUGUUUCGCUGCCAGACAAAGCUCUGCUGAUAGCCAGGUGUAGCAGUGGAAAGGUGUUGAGACUGCUAUUGGGACUCUGCUGUUGGGACAGCUUUAUGUAGGCCCUAACAGUUUGUGGGCCCCGUUUGUCACCGUUAUUGUGCAAUUAAUGUAUUGUUUAGUGUUGUGUUGAAUAGUGGCUUUGCUGGCAUGCACCCCCAAUUUUUGGGGGGGUUUGCCCAACCAAGAUUUACAUGCAAAAAUCGCCAUUGAGUUCAAGUUUCCAGAUUUCAACGAAUGGCCACCCGAAACAACUUUUCAUCCCCAACGGUUACUCUCUGCCAGGUUCCCCGCAGAAGGAAGCAAGCCACAUUCGCAAAUUAAGAAUUGAAAUGUCCCUUUGCCUCUCAACAAGAUAUAUUUACUGUUUACUAUUUAUAAUAGAAAUAACACAAAUAGUGUAAUGCUUUUUUAAAUGUUUAAAUCAUGAAAUAUUGUUUCAAGCAAAUAUCAUGUUUAUAAUAGCUACAACAUUGUUGUGGUGUAGCACUCCUGUACAGUAGGUGGCGCAUAUGAUCACAUGAAAGUGAUGAGGAACAGGAAAAAAUGAUCUCAACCGCAAGCUAACGUUACAAACAAAGCUAGCUAGCUAUCGAUGUUCAGUCUCUGAUAUUAUUGUAUUUGUUUUACUAGAUUGCUAGAUAACUAUAUUUCGUCAUAAUAUAGAAAACAUAAAGACUGUUUUCAUAUUGAAAAGGGGCCAAAAGCGUCGGGGGACAAUGUCGGGUUCCGUGGUCGAGUUCCAGGCGCAGAUAGCCUCAAUCAUGGAGGUGCUAGCCAACGCGGCUGUAGCCGAAAUCUGCAAAGUUGUUGACGAUGGCUAUGCUGUUGUGCACCUGAAGAUGUCCCAAAGCCACAAGGAGAACGAAUUUCUCCGGAGGAAAAUGAAAUUGAUGGAACUUCAGAUCGCCAGGUUUCGAUCGGAGAGAACAAAGUCUUCAGAGGGGUCCGUCCACAACCGCUUCCAUGGAAUACGCCUCCUAAACAGACACAACCAUCGAGAAACUGCAACGACAGGACCUACUUGGCAAAGCAGAGCCAGACUUUCCAACAGGAGUUUUGGGAACAGCAGCAUUCAAAGAGACAGACAGCCCAUAGACGUGGACCAAGACGAUGUCUCUCCAUCAAAGCAUAUGGAUGCUACAAGUGAUGAGCAGUCAGCAGAGACAGAGGAAGGGGAACCAGACCUGCUGAUCAUCAAGGAUGAGGGAGUCGCAGACGACCAGAAAUCUAGGUCCAGCCACCCAGCCAGAACAGUGGAGGGCAGCAGAGAACUAACCACCCAACCGGCUGCAGCGACCAGCAAGGAUCCCGCCUUCCAGCUCAGUGGCCCCAGAGGCAACAACAACUACAACAACACCGCUAUGGAGCAGUCAGCAGAGACAGAGGAAGGGCAACCAGACCUGCUGAUCAUCAAGGUGGAGGGAGAAGCAGAUGACCAGGACUCUAGGAUCAGCCACCCAGCCAGAACAGUGGAGGGCAGCAGAGAACUAACCACCCAACUGGCUGCAGCCACCACAGAGGACACCACCUUCCAGUCUAGUGGCCCCAGAGGCAACAACAAUUACAACAACAUCGCUAUGGAGGUCAGUGGAUCUGACGUCGUCUUCCAAUCAGAAACAGGGAAUGUGAACCAGGGACUCCAGCAGUACACAGGAUUUGAACCCAGAGCAGAGAGACCGAGUCUGGACACUAAGUGUGACAUGUACGGGGGCCUCAAUCUCCUAAGAGAUUCUUUAAACCAGGUGUGCAGAGAGGUAGUAGGGACGGAUGAUGGCGCCUCUGCUGCUCACACUAAAGUAAUGGACCUAGGGAGUGGCCCAGUGGGCCUAGAAACACAGACUAGCUCAGACAUAGAAAUGAGAAGUGUAGGGUUAGAAAACCACAGGUUUUCCCCCAAGUCGUUCCAUUCUUCAUCAGAACAUGUGAUAGUGAUUGACUCUGUAUCCAGUGGACAGCAGGUAGAUAGAGAUUUUGAGUGGGGUCAGGUGGGUACAGCUUCUACACAGGUCAAUGGGACUGGAAAUACGCAGGGAGAGGGAGUGUUUGAGAGGAACGCACCUACGAUGGCAAGCCUCCAUAGACACUUUGAAAUACCAGGAAGAGGAGUUCAACAACCAGCUCAUACCUCACUUCCGGUCGGCCAUUUUAGACAAAGCGCCACAACUUCGUCUCACUCGAGUAAUCUUGCCACACACGUUAGACCGGACACCAUAGAGCGAUUGUACGGUUGCCUGAGCUGCCAUAAGAAGUUUGUCCACGAGAGUGACUUGCGGCAGCAUGUGGUCGUCCACAACAGAAAGCGGGCGUUCGCCUGCAACUUGUGUGAGAAGAGCUUUAUGUCCCGCACCGAUCUCCAAAUGCACCUGAAUGUCCACACUGGGGAGAAGCCCUUCAGUUGUGCACAUUGCGGGCGCAGGUUCUCCCACUCCAGCAAUCUGAAAAGACAUCAGAAGCUUCAUCAUUGAGAAAUUGGACAGAAGCAAGAGAUUCCUAUUGAAAAAAGCUGUUCUAGCAAUAUUAUGAGUUCAAACUUGAUUUGUUCUACAGUGCAUUUAUGGAAGUAUUCAAUCUAUACACACUACCCCAUAAUGACAAUACAAAACAGGUUAUACAUUUUUGUAUGUAUAUAUGUAUAUAUGUGUAUAUAUAUG